AUGAUCACUAAUGAAACGAGCAAAUCAUUAUCAAUUGGUCAAUUCCAAGCCGUUAAUUCAGCUCAGUUACAGUUCACUUGGAAUGCUGAAAUCGUUCACGUUGAAUAUCAGGGAGGUAUAUUGAAAUAUGGAUGGAAAAGUAAAAAGCAAUUAUCGAUAACGAUAUAUGGUGGAAAAUAUCCGCAAAAUAUUGACAAAAAAUUGUCAAAAAUUCUCCGAGACAUAGUUCGCAUCGAAGGAAUAGAUCCAGAAAGUUUCGUUAACUCGCUAGAAUCUGGAAGAAAUAAGCGGAUUGUCUUAAAUCCUGCUAAAUCCACGGUGCUCAAGCUAAUCACUGCUUUCUCAGAAAUGCGAGAACCGUCAAAAUUCACUGGCGAAAUUAUGAUCAAUGCAACAUUUGUACCACUUAAUUCUGCAAUGAAUGUUGAAACUCUGCAGGAAUAUUUAUAUACAGGCAGUUCGCUGGAGCUUAAAUCUGGCUUGAUAUAUUAUGAAGGAGGUGAAAAUAAAACCUUAAAGCCAGGUUCAAAACUUUUCUAUAGUGGAGACAAUGUACGGAUUUAUUCCCUUGCUAUGAAACCAUUGGAAAUUGCUGGCACAGAACUUGAGGUUGCUGUUGGCGAUAAUAGUGAAAUAAAUGUAAAAUUAUUUCGAGGCGCUGUGAAUGCAAAAUUUUUUAAACAUCAUCGAUCACUGAUUUUAUCGGAUGAAAAUCGAACAUUAACAUUGGAAGGAGGUUUUAUUCAACGCGUUGGAUAUGAGAAAUAUCGCUUUAGUAACAUCAAAGUCUCCAAUAAUAACGCUAAUAAAAUUAAUCAAAUAGAUUUAGCAAAACAAGCAUUAAUUAGCAGUAAUUCGCAAGGGAAUAUUGAAACCAUUUUGGAAAAUAUAGCCAAUUUUCUUGGUUCAGGCCAAUUUUCAAAUGAUGAACUCGGGAAGAUUGCUGCUCUUACUACUAACGUGGUUGGGGGCUUGGCAAGAUCAAUAAAUAUUGCAUUAACCAAUCCACUACAAUUUGAAAAGAAUAAUGCUUUAUUAAAUGAAGCUGAGAAUUAUGACGAUAUUUUCGGAGGCUUACCUUAUAAUCCAGGUGAGUGA